AUGUCGGCGGGGUAUAUAAUUUCUACAGUUAUUUUUUUCGUAGCGGCUUUUCCCGUAUGCCUACUGGUUUAUCGCUAUUAUACGAAGGUAUCCAUUCGUAAAAUGAAUAUUUAUUGCAUCGGUUGUCAUAUUAUCACGUUGUAUACGUGUAUGGUGCCUUUUCCACUCCUGACGCUUGAUGUGGACUCCGCUCUCAGUGUGCAUAGUAAUCCUAAUCAGGGAAAAGAAACGUGGAUGCAGGUUAUUUGGAUUAUCAUUUUCGCUAUUUCCUACACCUUUGGUUGGAUUAUCUUGCCUAUCGCGGAAGCCUACACGGAUGUCGGGGACUUCACAGUUAAAAAGGCAAUUGUGCAUUCUAUUAAAGUCAACUUGAGGCUCUAUUCGAUUGCUGUUAGUAUAAUUCUUGUUUUAUUUAUAUAUAUUAUGAUUGCGAAGGGUCUGUACAUUUCCACUUCGAGUAUUUUAAGCCUAGCCAUAUCGCUAGCUAACGCUUGGGGGCUCUUCAUGCUCAUCAUAUUCAUGCCAGCCGGCUUGGUUGGUGUCCCACGUACACUUUGGAGGUAUGCAAAUCCGAGAAAGAUGCUAUACAGCAUACUCCUCAGGAUUAUGGAUAUUCAAGAAGAACUUGACUUUGCCUCAAUGGACCUAGCCUCCAUUAAAGCCGAGCUUAUCGACAUCGACCCGUUGGUGAUGGAUGAGAAUCGGCCUCAUCUACAGCAGAUGUUGGAGAGUAUUUGCGAAGCAGACCGUGAGAUUCCCUUAUAUCACACCGCAGCACAGCGUAUACGACCGCAACCCGCCACACGGGGUCGCACAGACGUCUCACUUCAGCACUUAGAAGACCUCAACGAACGUCUCAAAUAUUCCAUCAAGAUGGUCAAUCGAGCCAAUUACCGCUGGGAGUCGGCCGUACGCACAUGUAAUUCAUUAGAUCUUAUAAUUCGUGGUGUCAGUAACACCAAUAACCCCAUCAAGAAGGCGUGGAUGCGUAUUCGCCGUUAUGUUUAUCUAACGGGCUGCGGUAUAACUACUAUUUUGACCGUGCUUAUCCUGUGGAGUGAGCUGGUCUUACCCUUUCGUGAGCUUACGUCAAAGCCGCUCGGGGUGAUCGAGUUGUUGAUGCACAGCGAUAUCCACUUUAUUAUUAGUAUUAUACUGCUCUUCUACAUGGCGUAUUGUGCGUAUUGGACAGUAUUUCGCUUUAAGGUGUUCAACACGUAUACUAUCUAUCCUGGAAUCGCUGAUAACUCCUCGUUGUGUUUCAACGAAACUUUCCUUAUCCGCCUGCUGAUGCCACUGUCCUUCAACUUUUUGCUAAUAUCCGGUCUUUCGAACCCCGACACUGGAGUAGAUGUGAUGUACGGUCAUGUGUACAGACGCAACAUGGAUGUCAGCGUCUUGUUGGGUAAGGGUGUCAACCAGUUCUUUCCUCUUCUUAUUCCUUUUGUUGCGGCAGUAGUGUUCUUCAAUUUGAUGGGCCGCAUUCUCAAUAUAGUGGGUGUCGAAGUUUAUCAUCUUGGUGAUAUCGAAGGUUCCGAAAUGCGACAGCGCCUAAUUGACGGUCGCAAGCUCGUGGAGGCGGAAUUGGGUUACGCGCUCGCUGGUGCGGGUCUACCUGGAGAGGAAACAACAAUGAAUGGCGUCAAUGGCUCGAGCCGUGCUGGCGACACCGCUUCACAUGAGAAUGAUGGUUCCAAUGUGCGAGGGAAGCGCUAUCGUGAGUAUUUGGAGAAAAGGGGGACGAUUCAGCCUGAAAGAGGUAAUGAGAAUGCUUCUGUGUGA